AUGAGCAAGGAGAACCUCGUACUACGCCCUCGCGACCCGUCGCAAGUGAACUCCGACCUCUGGCCCGAAUUCGAACUCAAGCAAGCCUUUGUCUUUGACCCAGAGGACCCAGACCGGGAACCCGUGAGCUUGCUACAUGCUGGACACUACCGUCCACUCUCCAUCUCUGCGAAACUCGAACCACCCAAUGCACAAAAUAUCCGAUCCUGGCUGGACAAUACAACACACCGCGCAGUCCAGAUCGAGCUCACAGACAUCAAAGAGUUCUCGUAUGGCGAGUAUGGAGACGGGUCGUUGGACAUAUGGGCUGCUGGCCAGGCUGGCUGGUUCGCCAUCAGACCGAGCAGAGCAUACAGGGACAUGUACAGCGACAUGACCCAGGCUCUGAAGUUGCUAUACUUCAUGGCCGACAGCUACAAAGCUCUGAAACGAUACGCUGAUCUGUCGGCCCCUUACUUCUUCAAGAAGUGCAGCGACGAAGGCCUUGAAGCAUGCAAAGACGUCUCAGAUGUUGCCGAAAUGUUUACUAAGCAUAGACAGUUCCUAAUCGCAUCCAUGUUGACCAACAAGGAGGGCUUGCAGUGGCACCGAGUACCCCUCUACACGUGGUUCCAGUCCACGUUCNCCUGUGAGUCACUUCACCCCUCGCCUUCCGGCUAUAGCUAA